UCGCCGAGGCCGGUUCUCGGUCAACGAAGUCGAGGAGCCGUCUCGUCGCGCCGGCCCCCGGACGUACAGCCGCAAUUCGUACGAUCAGCUCGAGCAAUUACGUCGCGUCGAACGCGGGGGGGACAUGUACGCCCGUUGGUAAGUGUCCGAGCGCGCGCGCGAGCGCGCGUUGCCCCCGUACGUGCGCGUCUCCGGCGACCGACGACAGCGGAGUUGUCAGCGUUGACAGUUGACGCGCGAUGUGCGGCACUUUGGCGGCGGCACCGUAACGGCUCCUCGUAGCGCGGUACCGCGCAGCAAGUUCGAGAAGGAACGGCGGCCGCCCUCUUUCGCGCGGGAAGGAGUCGCCGCGAUUCGUGCGCAAAUUCACGGCGGUUACGCUUGGCGGGUGCGACGCGCGGACACACGGACUUGCGGCACCGACGGUCGAGGGCGAACGGAUAUCGCCGCGGACUUGGAUACCACGUGAGUUUUGACCCCCUUCGAUCCGCUCGUGCGAGAAACGCGCGCGCGUGGAUGCCGAAACGUCGCGGUCAGUUACGCCGAGCGGCGGCGGCGGCGGCGGCGCGCGCGCAUGCUCCAUCUUGAAAAUUUGAAAUUUGCACAGGCUGCGAGUCGCGUCGGCGGACGGGAACGCGCGCGUCUCCGGGCAUCCCGGGUCUGCUUUCCUCGAGUAUGCGCGACGCUCGGCGGGAUCCUCGCGCUUCCCCGUGUACGUGCGCGUCUAACAAUUGACUUGAGUGCGUUGUCUCGUGUGUUUCGCCGUGGGACGACAUCAUGGCACGCAGGGAUCACCGCCAGUUAUGCACGCUGUUCCUCCUCCUCCUCGUCGCGGACAUCUUGAAAGGUGGAAAUGGCGAUGUCGAGGAUUCGGAUACCGACGUGCAGGACUACAGCACGGACGAGGACUACAACGAUGUUUUUGACUCGACAACUAACGGAACCGACGUGGACGCUGCAUCCGGCACGAAAAGUGGCACUUUAAAAUUCGUAAGAACUCUGACAAACAUCUCGAAGGAUGCCGGCGGCAUUGCUCAUAUGCGAUGCGAAGUCGUGGGCGAUCCACCUCCGACAAAGAUACGAUGGUAUAAGAAUGAAGCGCCGUUAGAAGAGAACCGGCCGAAAAUCACCAUUAGGAAAAUACACGCGCAAAUGCACGAGCACGCGGCGAAGAACUUGGCAGGAAGUCGAUUAAAAAUCACAAAUUUGGACGUUUCGGAUAUUGGUUUUUAUACUUGUCGCGUCACCAACGGGAAGGAUCAAAUCCAGAGCGAAGGAACCCUGCGAGUUGAUUCGUCAAAGAAAUGGCCAGCCCCGAUGCAUCCGGAACACCCUAUGGGACAGCCGUCGGGCGACAAAUUCUCCACGGGAAUGUCCGCGCCGGGCUUCAUCGACGGCAUGGGACAUGGAGACAUGUUGGACCUCUCCGGGCAUGGGAUGUCUACGCCUCACAUCUCUCACUUGGCGUCCGCGAACCCGUUCAACAUACUUUCGCCGAGUCCACAGCCAACCAGCUCACAGUCCAGCACUAUGGAUUUCAAUACAAUCAGCGGCCUUACUAAUGGCAAUAUACAAUUCCCUCCUAAUAUGAAUUUCGACGAGAUGUCGAGCAUAAGUUCAGUUUCAGGCAGAAAGGACAAUCAUAAAGGAACCUGCGAGGUGUAUGUAGGAAAAACCUGUGCACAGUUUGUAGGAAACCAGUCGGUUUAUAUUAUAUAUCCCAUGACACAGAAAAUGCUCGAGGAGAAAUUAAUGAAGGCCUUUCAAGUUAUCAAUUUUUCAAACGAGCUCUCGUCGAAUUGCGAAGGGUAUGCGAAGCCGUCUCUUUGCUAUUCCGCCUUUCCGAUAUGCCGCGACCCAUCCAACGCUCAGAAGCCGAAGAACGCGGAGGCGAGCACGCAGCUCUUCAACCUCCUGAAUUCCAAGCAAGACGAUUUCUUAGACGACGGAGACCGCGACGACGCGGACGAUAUCUCGCGGCUGCACAGCGUUCCCAAACGCAGUCCUACCUUGGGCCCAGUUUUCGACUUCAUGCCCAACGAGGACGGCAAGUCGAGCAACAAGAAGAUAAUUAACCAGAGUUACGGCGACACGCGGGCGUCCAGCAGAAGCGAGAUUAAUCGAAAAUUACGAAGGAUAUGCCGCGAGGAGUGCGAAAUGCUGGAGAACGAGUUGUGCAGGAAGGAAUACGCGAUAGCGAAGAGGCAUCCGUUGAUCGGGCAUCAAGUGCCUUUGGUCGAAUGUUCUGACUUGCCACUGGACGGGACAACUGAGGCUCGUGACUGCUUAACGCUGGGACUGUCCGUGGCGAACAACGUGCAAGAAAAUGAUUACUGCUAUUGGGGUAGUGGGAAAUCCUAUCGAGGGACUGUGAAAACGAGCGUAAGCGGAAGGCCGUGUUUACGGUGGUCGGAUCACUUCAAUCUACCGAUUUCUGAUUAUCCCGAGUUAGCUGGACGUCAUUCUUAUUGCCGGAAUCCCGGGGGCAAGGAAAUUCAACCAUGGUGUUACGUCGAUGUCAAUAACAGAAUGCAAAAAGAAUUUUGCAAUAUACCUAAAUGUGUUGAGAAUUUAUGGAUUUACGCGGUCGUUGGUUUUGUACUAACGGGAGGAUUUGUUAUUAUAUUAAUUUGUUAUUGCUGCUGCUACAGAAGUAGAAAAUCCAGAAGGCAAAUGAAUCAUUUACCAUCCAAUAAGAUGUUAACUAGUAUCCAGUGUGAUAAGAACAUAUACGAUGGAAGGAGGAGCACGACACAACCCAUGGAAAUGAGUUCUCUCUUGGCGGGGCCUGGUAACACGACACCGGGCACUGGUACCUUAAGCAGCGGCAGUAGUAGAACUUCUAAUAACAGGAUACCGCAAUUUACCACAAAUAAUAUCAUGCUCCUGCAAGAACUCGGCGAAGGUGCUUUUGGUAAAGUUUACAAGGGCGAAUUGCAGACCGGAAAUAAGUGUGAGCCACCUAUUUACGUAGCGGUAAAAACACUCAAGGAAAAUGCGACUCCCAAGACUCAGAGCGAUUUUAAAAGAGAAGUCGAAUUAAUGACGGAUCUACGACACCCGAAUAUCAUUUGCUUGCUCGGUGUGAUACUGAAAGGGGAACCAAUGUGUAUGCUCUUCGAAUACAUGACUCAGGGAGACCUGCACGAAUUUCUAAUCUGUCACUCCCCGAGGUCGGAUGUUCCGUUAAAUAACAGUGGCGGAAAAAUUCUGGAGCAGCCGGAGUUUUUGCACAUUGCUUUACAAAUUGCUUCCGGUAUGGAAUAUUUGGCUAGCCAUCAUUACGUCCAUCGCGAUUUAGCAGCGAGAAAUUGCCUAGUAGGCGAUAAUCUAACAGUCAAAAUCUCAGACUUCGGUCUGUCGCGAGAUAUAUACAGCAGCGACUAUUACAGAGUACAAUCUAAGAGUCUACUUCCUGUUCGAUGGAUGCCACCCGAGUCGAUUCUUUAUGGUAAAUUUACCACAGAGUCGGACGUAUGGAGCUUCGGAGUUGUACUCUGGGAAAUCUACAGCUACGGUUUGCAGCCAUAUUACGGAUACAACAAUCAGGAAGUUAUAGACAUGAUUCGUUCGCGGCAACUAUUGCCGUGCCCCGAAGACUGCCCGACGAUGAUUUACAGUCUGAUGAUCGAGUGCUGGCACGAGGUGGCGAAUCGUAGACCGCAGUUCCCGGAAAUCCACCACCGGCUGCACAAUUGGUACAUAAAUCAAACCUACUUGAGCGACUUCUGCAACGAGUCCAUCACCAGUUAUUCCGGCAGCAGUCACAAGAGCACGAACAAGACCAAUUCGACGCAACUGUCGGCGCCGAUAUAUAAGAGCGAUCAGAAAACAGGCACGGAGUCGGUGAUAUGUAAUCUUAACGAUCACAAUAACGCGAUAAAAAUGCUACCACCGACAAGUACUUUCCCGAAUUCUAAUUGCAUAGAGCAAAGACCAAAUUGCUUCAACUCGGAGCACGGGACGCCGAUGAAAACCAAUUACCAGAAUCCCGUUACGAACGUCAAUCUGAACGAUAUCUACGACGACAAGCAGUGUUGUUCGCCCAAGUUGAGCGGCGCGAAGAAGGUUUUACCUGCGGUAAUACCUCAGGCGGGUGUGCCCAAGUCGAGCGUGCCCAGCAACGGCCCGAGACCGAUGCAGAACGGCGCGCAGUUGGUAGUCAGGUUACCGGAUCCCAGUAAAGUCACGACCGAAACGAGGGUAUCGAAGUGAACGACUUCAUUCGCGAAUACGAAUGAUUUAUCGUCGAUCAAACGAAAUACAGCUUUUGAUCUCUAACGGGAGCAUUAGCUCCUUGCCACUCACAUUCUCAACACCAAGGAUUUGCAAUUCGGCAAUCGUAUAAGUUGCCAUCGAAACGGGCACUGGUGUCAGUUUUUUUAUCGAAAAAAAGGAGCCGUCACGAAUGCAUACGUUCUUUGUAUAUUUAUCGUGAUGAUUUGUCAGUAUCGACAAAAACGUAAGUUUAUACUAUUGGAUACCUACUUUUUUUUUAUAGUAUUAAACGAACAAAUCCAGAGAGCUGCUAUAAUAAUUAAUCAUUGCCAUAUACAUACAUUUAUUUAUUUUUACAAAUAUAUACAUAUUUUAUAUUGCCUUUUAUUUCGGAUAUCGUAUAUAAUGUUUCCUAGCAAUCUAUUGGAUGAUUAUUUUGGAUGGUAUCGAACAAACAAGGUAGAUACAGAGAGUAGCUACAAUACUUAAUCACUGCCAUAUAUAUAUGCAUUUAUUUAUUGUUAUAAAUAUAUACGUAUUUUAUAAUAUAUAAUAUUACCAUUUAUUUUGGAUGGUAUACACAUAUACGUACAGUACCGUUCAUAAUUAUUCAAGCGACAGAUAUUUGAUACUUUAUUCUGAUGGCCCACACUGUUGCUAGCACGGAUAACAUUAAAUUAGAAUAAAUAACUAUUUUUAUAGUUAUAUUUUUAUAUUGGUUGUAAUUUGUGUAUGUACCCCCCUCCCCCAACUUAAAUUAUUGCGAUAAUGUUCACCGAACUAUCUUCAAUUAUCCUAUAUCCCUCGAUAUAUUAUUUUAUUUAUUAAAAUCCACGUUUCCUAUAAACAAAAAGGACACGUGAAAUAAAUUACUACAAAAGGCGUGAAAUAAAAUAUCAGCAGAAACAGUGAUUACAUUAAUUCAACGAAUGCAGUCGUUUGAAUAAUCAUGAGCGGUACUGUAUAUAUCUGUAACGUUUUUACACUAAUUUAAUACAAUCUAGUUUAAUACGUACAUACGUGGGACAUAGAACCGGAUGUCGUGCUCUAACGAUUCCAUUUGUGACUAUAAUAGUGUAACACAAUAGGAGGAAAUUUUUAAGACGUGCUCUUUUAUUUUUACGAAAAAAUAUCCAUCGAGACACACUAGCGAAUGUAUGUAUGUAUAAUUUAUACGUUUUUUCGUAAGAUACAUGAUAUGAGCGAGAAAUGAUUCUAUUUCAUAAAGAAGAAAAAUGAAUUUUCUCUUACAGAACACAAUAUCAACGAAUGUUGAUAUAUUAAAACGAGUGUUUAAUCAUGUGCAUGCUCUGUCCAAAGAGUAUAAUAUUGUAUGGAAUAUAUUGUUAUGCUCUAUAUAAGGCAUACCUCUUAUGAAUCACGUUUUCAAAUAAUCUUUACAGAACUGUUCAAAAAGAUUCGUAUAUGCGGGCAAUCGGAUAUAUAUUGUAAUAAGCGAAAGUGAGAGAAAAAAAAAAGAAAGGAAGAGCGACAUAGAGGAAAGGUGUGUAUGGGUGCGUGCGUGCAUGUGUGUAUUUUGUGAAUAUAUAUUGAGAUGUUUUCUAAAAAGCAAUUUUUAUAAUCAUCAUAUCGUAUGCCAAAACCCGGAUAGCGAAUAUUGAUUGUUAAUAAAAAGGUAUUCAACUUGUACAUUUUUAUAAUAAUCGCAUAUAUAUCUUUUAUCUGUAAAUCUUUGAGGUCGCUCUUUUAGAAAUGUUAUUUAUUCCUGCAAUUGUGCUACAUAAAUUGAUCGGCAUAUGUUCUAUAUUUGAUAAAGAAGUAAAGAACUAAUAUAUGUAAUGAAACAUAUAAGAAUGAAUUUAUUUACUAUAAUGUUUGUAGCUUCUUUAUGUCAAGCACGCAUUGUCAAUAAUGUUUACAGGUACUUAAUAUCAACGUAUUUGUAUCAACGCUGACGAGAGAGAUAAUUUACGCAAAAUUCUUUUAAUGCUUGCUAUUCUUUCAGGCACACACUUUUAAUAUCCUUUGACCUCAAAGACGCAAACGACUGAGAUUUGAUACCCACGUACACUCAGCAAUGUUAAAUGGAAAAUUUUAUCGGCGUUUAUGUAUAAAUUAUAUGUUACUCGUAUAUGGGGCGUAUAAUAUACAUUCUAACAGGCGCUAAAGCAUUGCCGCUCGAUUUGACACUGGAUCGAGCGACAUCCGAUGAUGAACUUUGUGAAAUGAAUGCCCACUUUAAACCGAGAUAGCAAAUGUUAGCGCAGAGCGAUUAGAGAGUGAAAACGUAGAAUUAAAGCACUCAAAGAGGAAGACUGUAUUAUACUUUUUAUAAUUUUGUAUUAAUGAAACAGAAACAUUAAGAGCGUGUUCCGUUCGUUGGAGAAAAAGAAAAGAAGAGAGACUGGACUUAACGACAUCGUCCGGUGGUCUUGACUCCCACGUCCGUUAACUGGACAAUGAUCGGAGAGUGCGCGAAAGUGCUAUUGAGUUAAAUAAGACUUCUAGAACUGACGAACCUCCGAAUCGAAAUUUAUAUCGACUGUAAUCCCGACCGUCUCGAAGGUUUGUCAUGGAUAACUUAGACUUAAGUUAAUUUAUGUAAACUUCAGCGAAGGAUUAUACACAUUUAAGACCUUUAUAUAUUCAGUCAAAUAUAAUAUACAAUUCAUGUUUUUCGUA